GAGGGUUUGGUUUGGAGAGAGAUGGGGAGAGGGAAGAUUGAGAUCAAGAGGAUCGAGAACUCAAGCAACAGGCAGGUGACCUACUCAAAGAGGAGAAAUGGGAUCAUGAAGAAGGCCAAGGAGAUCACUGUUCUCUGCGAUGCUCAUGUCUCUCUUGUUAUCUUUGCUAGCUCUGGAAAGAUGCACGAGUACUGUAGCCCUUCUACAACGUUGAUUGAUAUCUUGGAUAGGUAUCACAAGCAGUCUGGGAAGAGGCUAUGGGAUGCAAAACAUGAAAAUCUCAACAAUGAAUUGGAUAGGAUCAAAAAGGAGAAUGAUAGCAUGCAGAUUGAACUCAGGCACCUGAAGGGGGAGGAUAUCUCAUCUCUGCACCACAAAGAACUCAUGGCCAUUGAGGAUGCCCUUGAGAUUGGCCUUGCAAGUGUUCGCAACAAACAGAUGGAAUUCUACAAGAUGGUCAAGAAAAAUCAACGAAUCCUGGAGGAGGAGAACAAGCACCUCAAUUACAUCGUGCACCACCAGGGUAUGCCCAUGGAGGCGGGCAAUGUGAGAGAGGUGGAAAGUGGAUAUCAUCAGAGAGCUGUGAGGGACUACAAUCCCCAGAUGCCUUUCGCCUUCCGGGUGCAGCCAAUUCAGCCAAACUUACAGGAGAGGAUAUAACUCUCUUAGCUAUAUAUAUAGUUUGUGCUUUAAUUAAGAAGGAUACAUUCCAGACUUGCAAUAGGGUUUGUUGUAGAGGUGAUCUUAUUCUCCUUCAGCCAUUACCCUCAAAACUUAUAAUAAUUAAGGUGUGUGAUCUUGGUUUGUGAAACUUUAUAUAUAUAUAUAUAUAUAUAUCUUUGAAUGCUUGCUGACUAUCAA